CAGUAGUAAGUAGCUAAACACUUUAAGAGGAUAAGACAAUAAUCUAAUUUGUGUUCAUUGUAGAACUUGGCCACAGAGCUUUGGAAUGGAACGUGAAAAACUUGAGAUGUUUGAAGUUGGACCAUGCAAAGAUUCAUACGAAAUGGGUUUCUUAAUAGGCCAAAGAUUCUCCCAAAGGAUAAAAAACAGAGUGGCUGAUGACACCAUACUUCAAAAUCAGCUUAGACCCUUUGCUCAAACUCAAACUCCUCCUCAAUCAGAAUCACUUCUCAAAGCACUUUUUCAUAAUAAUCAAACCAAAUUCCCUAUGUAUUGGGAUGAACUCUUGGGGACUGCAGCUGGAAGUGGUGUGCCUCUUCUUGAUAUUUUACUUAUUAAUUUCAAGAAGGAAAUUCUUGCAUUUGUUCCGAAAGAAGGAUUGAAAAGUUUAGAAGAUGAUUCCUCAAAUGAGUGUUCUACAGUUCUUGUUGUUGAUGAAUCUAUGGCAAUUGCAGCACACAAUGAGGAUGCAAAUGUUGUUCUUGUUGGUCACACCUACUUAAUUAAAGGAAUAUUGCCAAAUGGGCUAUUCUUUGUUGCUUAUACAUAUGCUGGGGAGCUUCCAAGCUCUGCAUUUGCAUUUAAUAGCAAUGGAUUGGCAUUCACUCUAAAUUCAGUACCACCAGCUGAAGAUGAAAUUGUAGCUGGUGGGAUUGGGCGCAACUUCAUUUCGCGAGGCAUUCUUGAAGCCACUGGCAUUGACGAUGCUAUAAAUAGGAUUCGUUCAUCAGAAAUUUCAGUGGGGCAUUCUUAUAACCUAAUUGAAAUAAGUACUCGUAGGAUUGUUAAUGUUGAAACUGCAUCCAAAAAGCGAAUUUCAAUUCACGAGGUUGGAGAAACGCCUUUCUUCCAUGCAAACAUGUACCGUCACCUACAUAUUAAUCAGGCACAAGAUGAGAGUUCAAUCAGCAGGCAGAAAAGGGCAAAUGUCCUAACAAAAACAACAAAAGAGGAUUUUCUGUCAAUUCUAGGAGACGCGGAUGACAAAAAAAAUCCCAUCUAUAUGACAGGUCCAUUGCUUCACACGCUAUGUACCGCUGUUAUCGAUUUGGAAGAAAAAACACUAUCAAUAAUUGAAGGUAAUCCGAAAAAAGAAGAUGUUUCAAUUGUUUUCUCCCUCUCCCCGAAGAAGUUGAUCAAUGGCCAUCAUCAUAAUCACUUAUAAUGUGAUUAGAAGUUUCAAAUUUUAAUUAAUGAAAGGAAUCGUCGUCUUUCCGUGGAUUCAAUAUUUAGUUCAACUCCUAAGUUCAUGCAGUCACGGUACAAUCAUGCAUUUUUUUUUAAGGAGUACCAAUAAUGAAAUUAUCAAGGAACUAAGUUGAUGUUACAUUUUUUUGCAUUAUUUAACAAACCUUUUUCUUUCAAACACGAUUCCAAGUAAACAAAGCUUAGUAAGAGACACAGUGCUAAUCUCAAGCCUAACAAGUACCACCGAAAUCAAAGUCUUGCCCAUAUGCAUACUCGCUGAAAAUUAAACACAUAACUGCCACUAUCAUCACCAACCAAAAACCGCACAACAACAAACUUUUUUUCACUACUUUACCUGAUCUCGUCAUUGACGACCCAUAAACCGCUCUUCAAGUUGGGCCAAGAUCUCGUGUCGCCACCGUUGUGAAGAAGGGAGGAAGAUGAAUACAUAGAUUUAUGAUAUACUCUUGAGAUGAUACCAAGCGUUUAUCGAGCUUGCCAAAUUUCAUGGGUUCGCCGCCAGUGUAUGCAUAGAAUGAUUUGUAGUUGUCGGCUAUUUGGGUUUUGGUUUAGUUCGAGGACCAGACACGACUAUUUUCCAUUAGGCAAAGUGCGUAAAAGAAUAGUCGUGUCUGGUCCUCGACCCAAACCAAAACCUAAAAAGCUGACAACGCGUUUUAUUCGAUAGAUUGACGGCGACCCAAUGAAAUAUGGGGAGCUGGGUAGUAGAAUGCUUGGUAUCAUCCCGAGAGUAGAAUCUACGUAUCCAUCUUCCUCCACUCUUCACAACGGUGGACAAACAAGAUAUAGGCCCAAAUCAAGUGAAGCGAGCCAACAACUUGAGUGGAGAGCGGUUUAGGAGCCGCUGGAGACUAGAUCUAUGCAGAACUUGAGUGGUGUGAGCCAACAGUUGAUGAGGAGAGCAGUACAUGGGCUGUCGAUGACAAGAUUAGGUAAAUAAGUGAAAGUAAGGUUUAGUGUUCCGAGGGGUGUGUUGUGUGGUUUUUGGUUGGUGAUGAUGGCGGAAUCAUUAUCUGUAUUAUUUUUUUAGGAGUAUUUUAUGGGGCAUAUGGGCAAUAAAAAUGUGAUCAUGGUGGUGCUUGUAAGGGUUUGGAUUAUCAUAACGUCUCUUGAUAUGACUUUGUUUGGCGAGUCUAGAUAAUGCUCACAAUUUGUUUGUUCGUUUAUUUGUUUAUUUGAUGAAAGUACUCACAAUUUGUUUGGUGAGGCAAGAUAAUGCUUAGAAUUUGUUUUUUUUGGUGAGUCAAGGUAAUUCUCACAAUUUGUUGGGUUGGUUCCAAAUGCUCACAAUUUGAAUAUGAAGCAUCAUAAUAUUGUGUUUGUUUUGGAUAAUGUGAUGAGUGGAGAUAAUGCUCAUAAUUUGUUUGUGAAGAGUUAUCAUUAAAGACAUAUUUGAACAAUUUAGUUGGUUCUCCUUC